CGUCACACAUGCCCAGACCAGCUAGGAUCCCCUUCCACAAAAUCAAUCAGUUAUUACAAAUCAGUCGCUCAAAUAAUAUUUACUCUCCAUGGGAAUCAUACAUUGAAUCCCGUCCCUGCGUUUUGAUUUCUUUGCUCUAUCCAAUUGUAUCCAAAAGUGUUUCACUCUGCAGAUACGAUUUGUAUUUUUCUUCGAGUCGCUUUUAAAAUAAUCUACAUUCAUUUAUUCUUUCUCAUUAAGCAGAUUUGCCAUAGUUUCGAAGUUUUGUUAGAAUAUAGCGAGAGCGCAUCUUCAUCAACAUUAGAGUCCUAAAGCGAAGCUUUAUGGCUAUUGGAUAACGCAGACCUGCGGCUUUCUUCAAAGUUCGAUUUCGGACGUGCGGUUACCUUGUCUGUAGGAAAAAAUGAAAUCUGCUGAAGAAGCUGACUGUCCUGUCUAGUGGUGCACUUUCCCCUCAGGUGUCUGUGAAUGGGUUUCUCCUCUGUUUCGAUGGCCUACUAUUAUACAGCAGACAGGAGCUCUGGCGACUGCAUGCUGUCUGAGACUGGACUGGUCUUAAGAGCUGACUAGUAAGAUUACUCAGAUGCAUGCAGCCACACCCCCAACAUCAGUCUCUCCCUGGGCAAAUCCUGCCUGCCCUCCCAGUACCACAGUCUCCAGUCUGGCCCCACCAUCUCAGUGUCCAUCAGCCAGCCUCCCAGCUACAGCGCCCAGAACGACAUGAGGACAGUGGGUUACUACUCAUCCCCUCGCAUCCAUCCAAACGGCGCCCCGGUCCUCGAGAGCCCUCGUAUUGAGAUCACAGCCUAUGGACAGUUUCCUGAGGAGGAGGUGGAAGAGCGCAACAACCUUCCUGUGCCUAAACAGGUCAACUCCAUUGUGACCCUGACGUUGCCCCAUGCAGAUGGCUACCGUGACCCCAGCUGCCUCAGCCCGGCCAGCAGUGUGUCGUCACGCAGCUGUCACUCUGAGGCCUCAUCCUACGAGUCGGGCUUCUCCGACAACUACGAAAAAUCACCCCAGAACUCGCCCUGGCAGUCGCCCUGCGUCUCACCCAAGGGCUCCUCCUCUCUCGCCCUGCCGGGUGAAGCUUGCACCCAUGUGGGCUCCCCACAUAACUCUCCCUCUACCUCCCCCCUCACCAGUGUCAUGGAUGACAGCUGGAUGGGCCAGCGGGGCUCCAGGCCCAACUCCCCUUGUGGUGGGAAGAGAAAAUACAGCUUCAAUGGAACCGCAAACUACAAGUACCCCUACUCCCCCAACCACUCCCCGGUGCCGUCCCCUCACACCUCCCCACGCCUCAGUGUCACAGACGAGUCCUGGAUGCCUAACAACACCAACCAGUACACCAACUCAGCCAUAGUUGCAGCCAUCAACGCUCUGACCACAGACGGUGUGGCAGACCUGGGGGAGGGCAUCCCUUUGAAGGCCCGGAAGACCAGCCUGGAGCCUGGGGCAGUCUGCCUGAAGGUAGAGCCUGGAGGAGAGGAGCUCAGCCCUGGGGCGCUUUGUCAGGAUGAGUACUCCUCCCGCCUAUCCUUAAAGAAGGAGAACUACUGUGGGGGGUUACUGGAUGUGCCACCGCACCCAUACUCAUGGUCUAAGCCAAAGCAAUAUGUCAGCCCAACUCUGCCAGCCCUUGACUGGCAGCUGCCAUCCAGCUCCGGGCCGUACAGCUUGCAGAUCGAGGUGCAGCCCAAAUCUCACCACCGUGCCCACUACGAGACCGAAGGGAGCAGAGGGGCAGUCAAGGCUCUGGCAGGAGAACACCCUGUGGUACAGCUCCACGGCUACAUGGAGACCAAGCCCCUGAUCUUGCAGCUAUUCAUUGGCACGGCAGACGACCGUCUCCUGCGGCCCCAUGCCUUCUACCAGGUCCACCGCAUCACUGGCAAGACUGUCUCCACCCCCAGCCAUGAGACCCUGCAGUCUAACACCAAGGUGCUGGAGAUUCCACUGCUGCCCGAGAACAACAUGCGUGCCAUAAUUGACUGCUCUGGCAUCCUGAAACUUCGCAACUCGGACAUUGAGCUGCGGAAGGGCGAGACAGACAUCGGGCGUAAAAACACACGUGUGAGGAUGGUGUUCCGGGUUCACAUCAACCAGCCCACAGGAAGAACAUUGUCCCUGCAGGCUGCAUCCAACCCCAUGGAGUGCUCCCAGAGAUCAGCCCAGGAGUUGCCCCUAGUGGAUAAGCAGACCCUGCAGACGUGCCCUGCUGCUGGGGGAGAGAAGAUGCUCCUCAGCGGACACAACUUCCAGCACGACUCCAAAGUGGUGUUCAUGGAGAAAGCCCAAGAUGGUCAUCACCUAUGGGAGACAGAGGCCAAGGUUGACAAGGACUCCUCCAAAUCUACAUCUCUUCUCAUUGAAAUCCCUCCUUAUCGGAACCAGAGGAUAUCCAAUCCUGUUCAGGUGAACUUCUAUGUGUGCAAUGGCAAGAGGAAAAGGAGCCAGUACCAGGGAUUCGCCUAUGUGCCUGCCAAUGUUCCAAUGAUAAAAAUGGAGCCCCAUGAUGACUGCGACCCCCCUCAGGUGUGUCCCCAGCAUUGCCCUGGCCUGGCGCUACACCCCAAGCCCUACAACACUCCACAGGUGAUGACCUCUAUGAUACCCACAGAACUCCGGCCGUGCAUGGGGGGUGCCUACCCCGCUUGCCAACAGAGACUGGGAGGGAAGCCUUCCUCACUGUCCUCCUCAUCCUCCCCCAGCACCAGUCCCAAACUGCAUGACCUGUCACCCACCACUCCCUUCUCCAAGUGCCUGUCAGCAGGCCCAUCCCAGUCUCCGAUCCCACAUGUCUCCAUUAUCCAGGAGACUCCUGGACGCUACCAGCCACAACCUGUCCUCUACCCACCCAGUAGUGCCUCAACCUCCCCAGGCUCGCAGCCCUCCACCACUGGCACCAGCGGCCCAGAAGCCCCAUUCUCCCCCACCCACUGCCUGACGCCGCCCCAGCCCAUUAGUGGCAGCUCUAGCCCAGUGACCGAACAGUUACCCAAAGUGCCAGAGAGAGGCGGCCGCUCAUCUAGCCCCACGCUGGCUAUCAACAUCAAACAGGAGCCACAGGAACUGGACCAGAUGUACCUAGAUGAUGUUAAUGAGAUCAUCAGGAACGACCUCUCAAGCAUCUCCGUCCAGUCAUGCGUAGCACCACUUUCAUUAUGGACACAGAAGGACUGUGGGGGAAGAAAGAGGAAAAUACCAUACCAAUAAUUUUUACAGCAUCUGCAUGCUUGGACUACAGUCUGCCCAAAAAACAACUAUGUGGAACAAACAAGAGAUUCAGCAUCCUGAAGAUCAGAAUCCAAUGAGUGCCUUUCAGAAGGUGCCGUUUCAGAGGAUAUUCCAAUGUACAGAAAUUGAAAAUUAAAUUAAAUGGCUGACCUCUUAGAAAAAAAUGUAUGUAGCACCGCCCCCUUCCAGGCUCAAUCCCAAGAAGUAUGCUUUUCAGUUGACCAAGGAGUGUCUGUCUGUAGAUAUAGUAAAUUAUUGAAUGCGUAAGUGUUUGUUUUGUGUACAGAGCUUCAGAUUGCAUUCUUGGCUUUACAAUGAGAUCAUUUCAACCAAAAGAAGUGCCUUUGACUGGAAAUAAGAGUAUAGGGAAACUAACCAAAUUUGAGGUCAAUGUUUUUUCAUUUAUGGUGAGAAUUAAGCACUUGUUCACACUCACCACUGAUAGCUUUACUUGCAUGUUAAUUUUUCUUUUGAUCUGUUGUUUUGUACAGCUUUGUAUGUUUGUGACUUGAGUCAUCUCUUCAAGUGGCUUAAGGACUGAGAAAUGGCAUCUACAUUGAGUCCUUGAGUAUAGCAAAAGCACAUGCCUUGAAAAAGACAGACCUCAAUCUGUUCAUGUGUAUAUUUAUUUUAAGGAAAUAAAACUAUGGCAAUGCGUUGCUAAGAGGAUUUUGAAGAUAUUCAACGAGGCUAGUGCCUUUUGGAAAGCCAAAAUUUCAUCUCAAAUACCAGUGCUGCCUCUGUCCUGUUAGAACAAUGGAAUGUUUGCAUUUCAUAUGCUUGAUUAGUUAAGUCAGUUUGUGAUCAUAACACUGUUGCUUACUGGCUAAUGCUUGAUUUACAAAAUUUUUUGCUUUAUACUUCCAGCUAUGAUUGUAUCUUUAGCUAACACAAGUUCCCUUAUUAGAACUGCAUAUGUUUGUGUAUUUAUAUUAAGUCUUAAUCCACAAACUUAAAAGCCAUAGAGCCAUGUUUACUGAAAAAUGACAAUUAUAUUGUUCAGAUACGUAGAUGAAUUGUUCAAAGCUUUUUUUGUGGGCUUCAAUUCUGCUUCAUGUACUGUCAAUAAAUAGUAUUUUUCGAA